AUGCAAAUCAGAAUCAAUUUGUUGGCUCCUGCCUCCUUCUCUCUGUCUCUCCCCCCCCCCGCGCUACAUCGCAACUUCUUCUUCUUCUUCUUCUUCUUCUUCUUCUUCUUUCUAAGUUUCCCCACACCCCUCCGCUCUUCCCUUGUCAGUUUCCCCACACUCGCCCUCCUCCUCCCGCUGUUCUUCCUAAUUCCCCACCUCCGGAUUCUUCUUUCUUUUUUUAGUUCCCUACACACUUCCUCUCCUUCUCUUUUCUUCUCUAAUUUCUCCUCCUCCUCCUCCUACUACUACUCUUCUUAUUCUCCCAAAAACCUCUCCUCUUCUUUAAUUUCCCACACUCCUCCUCCUCCUUAUUUCCUCACACUUCUCCUCUCCUUAUUCUUCUUAGUUCCCUACACGCCCCACUUUUCGUCUUCUUCUUCUUCUUCUUCUUCUUCUUCUUUUCUCUUUUGUUAG